CUCUACAAGUUCUCAUCUCUCUCUAUUUUCUUAAUUUCUCCCCGCACCAAAAGAAAAUGACCGACAACUCCCAAAAGAUGGCUUACCAUGCCGGGGAAGCUAAAGGCCAAGCUCAGGAGAAGGCAUCCAAUUUGAUGGAUAAGGUGGAUGAUGCAGCCCAAUCAGCUAAGGAGUCGGUGCAAGAGGCAGGACAACAAAUGAAGGCAAAGGCACAAGGAGCUGUUGAUGCUGUCAAAGAUGCCGCGAAUAAAUGAAGCCUGAUUUUUUCAUUUCUCCUUAAGUCGUUUUUGUGAGAUCACCUAUUUUUCCAAUGACUUUUCAUUUUUUUAUUUUUAC